CAAGUUUAAUUAAGCACUUGUGGCAGUUAUAACCACCACAAAAAAUCUCAGGCAUCAAACUCCACUCACCUCCGUCGUGGCCAUGCUGUCGCCGUGGUGCUGCUCCACUCCCUUCACCACUGUCACCUUAACCAGCACCACCACCCGCCGCUACUCUUUCACCUCUCACACUCCUCAAUUCCCCUAUUCUUCUCGCUUUUCCAUCACUCCAUCUUAUCUCCAUUUCCGCAUUCCAUGCUCCAACAAAACCACCGGCAAAUCAACAGAAUCCACCGAUCUCGAGUUGGUAGAUUGCGUCGGAACAGGACAAGAUGUGGAGUGUCUCCUAACCGAAGAAGACGAAGGAAAAACAAAAGAUGAAUCAUCAUCGAAGAGACUGUGCCUUGGGGAAGCGUUAUGGGAAGGUGCAGUGUUAAUAUCACCGUUCUUUUUCUGGGGAACUGCAAUGGUGGCGAUGAAAGAAGUGAUUCCUAAUUACGGUCCUUUUUUCGUUGCGUCUUUUCGUUUAAUUCCAGCUGGGUUUCUUCUUGUUGCUUUUGCUGCUUUUAGAGGAAGGGCUUUACCUUCUGGUUUCAAUGCUUGGCUUUCCAUCGCGAUAUUUGCACUUGUCGAUGCUGCUUGCUUUCAGGGUUUUCUUGCUGAAGGGUUGCAGAAGACUUCAGCUGGUUUGGGCAGUGUUAUUAUUGAUUCACAACCUUUGACGGUGGCUGUACUUGCUGCUUUGUUAUUUGGUGAGUCCAUUGGAGUUGUUGGAGCUGCCGGGCUUGUUCUUGGUGUCGUAGGACUUGUGUUACUUGAGUUACCUGCCCUAUCAUUUGACGGGAGCAACUUCUCACUGUGGGGAAGUGGGGAGUGGUGGAUGCUUCUUGCAGCUCAGAGCAUGGCAGUUGGCACUGUCAUGGUUCGGUGGGUCUCCAAGUACUCUGAUCCUAUCAUGGCAACUGGAUGGCAUAUGGUUAUUGGUGGUCUCCCCCUUGUGGCAUUCGCGAUUCUUAACAAUGACCCUGCUGUAAGUGGGAGUCUUAAAGAGUACAGUUCAACGGAUGUAUUGGCACUCCUCUACACAUCCAUUUUUGGAAGUGCUGUUAGCUAUGGUGUGUUCUUUUACAGUGCAACUAAAGGUAGCUUGACAAAGCUCAGUUCACUUACAUUUCUAACCCCAAUGUUUGCCUCAAUUUUCGGGUUUUUGUAUCUUGGUGAGACAUUCUCACCUGUACAGCUUGUUGGGGCUAGUGUUACUGUAGCUGCAAUAUACAUGGUUAACUUCAGAAACACUUCAGAAUGAGUUAUAUAUUAAGUUUUCUACUGGUUCUUUCAACAUAACCCAGCGUUAAAAUUGGCACGAACUCAAUUUCGGAAUGCUAGUGCUUUUGGACAUGGAGAGGAGAGAAGUUUAAGUGAUGUGAUCUUGAGCACUUACUGUCAUACCUUACAGUGUAAAUACAAUUUUGAUCAGUUGUAAAUUCAGGCUUCGAGCCUCUUACUGCACAAAUAGCAGAAAAUUGUAAGUUAAUAUUGUUUCCAUAGAUUACUGUUACGCCAGGUCUGCAUAAGAAUGUAUAGAUUAUGACUUGUGUAUGGCAAGUUUUGUAUAUAGUUGUUGAUCACACGAAUGAAAUAUACAUCUUGGGUUAAAACUAACUUAUUUUUAUA